AUGGCCACCCGAACUGCUUCCAAAAGACUUGCUCGUGAAUAUAAGUCGAUCCAGGAUACUCCUGUGCCAUAUAUUACGGCAAAACCAAACGAAGCCAACAUUCUGGAAUGGCACUAUGUGCUGGAAGGUCCCCCAGACACGCCAUACUUCGGUGGGCAAUACCACGGGAUUCUUAAGUUCCCUGCGGACUACCCUUAUGCUCCUCCUUCGAUCCGCAUGUUAACGCCAUCCGGUCGAUUCCAGCCAGGCAUGCGUUUGUGUCUUUCUAUUUCUGACUACCAUCCUAAAUCCUGGAAUCCUGCGUGGUCUGUAUCCACCAUCCUCACCGGUCUUAUGUCCUUUAUGGUGUCGGACGAACACACAGCGGGCUCUAUCACAACUUCUGCAGAAACUAAAAAACAGCUGGCGCGUGCAUCGCGCAAGUUUAACAAUACAAAUAAUUCUCAGUUUAAAGAAGUGUUCCCGGAACUCGUGGAAGCAAAUAGACUGGUUCUAGAAAAUCCAGAAGGUAAUACUACAGUGACCCCAACACCUGCUGCAGCUACACCAGCGACAGCCCCAACAACAACGACACCUACUACUACUAAUACUACUAAUACAUCUACAACCCCAGAAUCUGCAAAAGCUCCGGCGCCGGCGCCGGUAGGUUCAGUGCCUGCGGCCAGCGAUCCUGGGGCCAGCCGGCCGAGUGGUGGCGACAACCACAAUAACAACGGCAUGUCUUUGAGUCAAAAAAUUAUCUUUGUAUCUGUUCUUUUUGUCUCAUGGGUCAUAGCUUCUCGCAUGUUUUCCUAA